GGCGCGGUGGGCUAUGAGGUCAUCGCCGGCCUGUGGGGCUCGGGAGUGACGUCACCUCCGGGAAGCGUGCCGGCCGGGGCUAAGGGCGGUCCUCUAACCUCGGCUGCGUGAGAGGCUGCGGGCCCCUCAGAGGCCGUGGCCCUAAGAAGGGUUGUGAGCCCCGGCCCAGCCCCUCCACCUACCUGCUCCCCUGAUGAGACCAUGGGCUUUGGCAGUGACUAAGUGGCCACCCUCUGCCCCUGUGGGUCACUGGCGAUUCUCCACAAGACCUAGCAGCCGUCCAGGCCAGCUCUGGGGAAGCCUUGGCCACGAGGGGCCCCUGGCCAGCCCACCUACCCAGGAUGAGCACUUCCCCUCCCAGCAGCUGCUGCCCCGACCGUCACACCCCUCUGUAGAGGAGCACCGAGCCUCAGCUCCUGCCGGCAGGAGCCCACGAAUGCUGCACCCGGCCACCCAGCAGAGCCCGUUCAUGGUUGAUCCCCACGAACAGGUGCACCAGGGGCCUGUCCCUCUGUCCUACACAGUCACCACAGUGACCACCCAAGGCUUCCCCUUGCCUACAAGCCAACACAUCCCUGGCUGCAGUGCCCAGCAGCUCCCAGCAUGCUCCGUGAUGUUCAGUGGGCAGCACUACCCCCUCUGCUGCCUCCCACCUCCACAGCUGAUCCAGGCAUGUACCAUGCAGCAGCUCCCUGUGCCCUACCAUACCUACCCCCACCUCAUCUCCAGUGACCACUACAUUCUUCACCCCCCGCCACCGGCCCCACCGCCUCAACCUACCCACAUGGCACCACUCGGGCAGUUUGUGUCCCUGCAGACCCAGCACCCACGUCUGUCCCUGCAGCGUCUGGACAAUGAUAUGGACCUUCGAGGGGAUCAGCACCCCUUAGGUAGCUUCACUUACUCCACCUCUGCCACUGGCCCAGCCUUGUCACCCUCAGUGCCCCUUCACUACCUACCCCAUGAGCCACUACACCAGGAGCUGUCCUUUGGUGUGCCAUAUUCCCACAUGAUGCCACGGAGACUGAGCACACAGAGAUACCGUCUCCAGCAGCCGCUGCCGCUGCCACCGCCACCGCCGCCACCACCACCAUCUUAUUACCCAAGCUUCCUCCCCUCCUUCCUUUCAAUGCUGCCAAUGUCACCGACCACCAUGGGCCCCACCAUCAGCCUGGAUCUGGAUGUGGAUGACAUGGAGAAUUAUGAGGCCCUCCUGAACCUGGCUGAGCGGCUGGGAGAUGCCAAGCCCCGCGGCCUCACCAAAGCAGACAUAGAGCAGCUGCCAUCAUACCGCUUUAACCCUGACAGCCAUCAGUCUGAGCAGACUCUGUGUGUGGUCUGCUUCAGUGACUUUGAGGUGCGGCAGCUGCUCCGAGUCCUGCCCUGCAACCAUGAGUUCCAUGCCAAGUGUGUUGACAAGUGGUUGAAGGCCAACCGGACCUGUCCCAUUUGCCGGGCUGAUGCCUCCGAGGUGCCCAGGGAGGCUGAGUGAGGCUCCACAGCCACCCACAAGAACCCUGCCCAAAGCUCCGGAAAUGGGUGGGGGGAGGCAGGGAGUGGCCCAGGGAGAACUGUAAGGGAGGGGCCAGGCCUGUCUCAGCAUUCCCACCGGCAACUUGAGAGCUGGUGCCAGGGUCAGCCCUGGAGAAGCCCCUGCAAUAAGCCCCUGCGUUUGCCAAGCUCCAAAGACUCCUUCCCCAAACUGCCUGCCUACCCGCCCGCCCGCCUUAGAGCUGCCUGAGUGUCCCCAACUCAGUCUGCCUCUUAAUUUGCCCUUGGGUCCUUCUUCCUGCUGGCUCUGGGAGGCAGGAGUCCAUUCCCCAAGUGUGGUGGCUGGUGUGAUCCCCACCCCCCAAAAUGGGCAAAGGAGUAGCCACCCUGGGUCAGCUGGUCUCUUGUACUGAAGAGAAGUACUCCCUGCACAGGUAGGACUGCCAGGUCUGUGGGCAGAUGGGAGCCAGCGACCAUUUCCUAAGGCCCAGGACUCCAGACAGACUUAGGCAGUCGACUCUGCCUCCACUGCUGUGCAGUGUGGGUCUGACUCCCCAGGACCCCACCCCAGGCACAGCAUUCCAGCCCACCCCAGGCUGGAGGGUAUCCCAGCCACAGUCUUUGAGCAAAUGGGAUGGGGGCUCCAAGCUGAACACAUUAUGUUCUGCAGGAGCCAAGCCACAAUCUGGGCAUGUCCUUGUGUUCCUGGUGAGUGCCCCCCCACCAGGGACAGUGUCAGACCCGUGCUCGAUCCUCUCCCCCUCUGUCGUUUGCAUGAACGUGAGGAACAGCAGUUUUUGUUUAUUCAUUUGGCCCAAAAUUGCGUGUAGGGGGUAUGGAUAUUUAGAGGUGUUCGGGGUUUUUUUGUUUUGUUUUGUUUUUUUGUUUGGUUGGUUUUUUUGUUUUUUGUUUUUUUUUUUGGUUUUUUUUUUCCUUUUUUGGUUUUGUUUUUCCUUCUUUGGUUUAAUAGGAGUGGGGUGAGGGCAUAGGGACCAACCGGGACCAAAUGCCCAGGGGGCAGAGAAGGGUCAGGUUGUGCCGCACCAGGCCUCCCUAUGAGCGUGUGGCUGGGACUGCGCUGGGUGGUUGGAAGUCAGGGCAGGGUUGGGGGUCUGUGCUCAGCUGAUAACUGCCAUGCACUGUACUGCACAUGUCCCUAGAGCCUACCAGGGACCGAUUGCUUUUCAGGGCAUUUCCUCCAGCCAGGGGCUGUCUCCCACCUGCCUGGUUGAGUCUCUUCCUAGGAAUCCCAUGAGGACGGAGAUCAGGGAGGGCGCGAACCUCCACCUGGGGGCCCCUCCCAGUCUGAUCUCUUGCCCUCCAAGUUCUGGAGGAGGCUGAGUUCCCUACUCCUCCUUCCAGGUCCCAUUCUUUUCCUUUCCUACCCCUGUCUGGGGUUGCUGCCCUGAGUGAACGAACCGCGUGUGGGGCCGGCACAUCCUAGCAGGCAGCCAUUGGCGCCUGCUGCCUCAGGGAUGCUCCAACCACCCUCGUUCUCCUCAGCAGCCCUGGCUCUCCCUGCCUCCCACAACCCAUCCUGCCAGGGGGCCCAUCGGCCUGGUCCCACCCCACAAGAACCCAAAGUCUUACUGUAUAUAACUCCAGGUGAUUUCUAUAUUUAUAGCAGUGUUGAAAAUCCACGUUUUACACAGAACCACCUUAUCCAACCCCUGUCCCUUCCUCACCCCAGCAAAAGGUUUUCAAACCCUUGUGGUUUCCUGGGGCAGCGGAAUUGGCUCAUGGAUUGUGUUGGCUGCAGUGACGAUUCCAACGAGCAGCUACUGUGGGGAAUACACGGUUUUCAUUUGUAUUUUUUGUUUUGUUUUUUUAAUCAUUUAAGAAAGAUUUACCAAUUACUUAGGAUGUUUGUGAUUUGCCAACCUUGCUGUAGAUGCCAUGUUACCAAUGAUUUCCUGUGGUGGGGGCUUGGCAUUGUUUACUCUUUAUUUACCAACUUCUGGCCUAGGAAUGACAGUGGGCACCUUCCCCCAGCACUGCUGGGCCCAGCGCCUGUGUUCUGUUGGAAAGGUUUUAUAUUAUAUAUAUAAUUACACACAUGUAAACACAUGUGAUGGCCUGUUCCUUGCACAUCUUACAGUUACCUCAUUUCCCAUGUACUUAUUUGAGAAAAUGCUAAUAUAUAGAGAAAAUGGUUCUUAAAGCUUAAAUGUGUGGUUUUUUCCAUCCCACUGGACUCACAUUGGUUUGUAGCAUUUAACAUAACUAGUAUGUUGUAUUAUAUAUGUGUAUACGGAUUGAAAUUUUUAACAGAUUUGUACUUUUUUUAAAAUGAAAGUUGCUAGUUCUGCUUGACCAAGUAGUGCAAUCAUUAUUUUUUUUAAUAUUGUUGCUGAUUUCAGAGGGAUAUUCACUAAUAAAUGUAUGAUGUAUACAAGUG